AUGGAAUACUUUUCGUCAUCUGCCGUUUAUGGUCUUUAUGAUUUCUUUGAGUAUGGCGCUCUUCAAUAUCUCGUCAGGAUAAUAGCUCCUCGAAGCAAACUGGUCACGAGGAUGAUUCUUGCCUUGUCUGCUAGUGAGAUGCACAAAAGCGGGUUGCUGGAUAACAAUAAUUCACUAGCGAGGCGUGGAAUCGAUGAGGGUCUAAUAUACUACACACAAGCCCUUCAGGAGCUUAUGGAGGAUAUCUCGACACCAACACAAGGAGACCAGAUUGAUGCGAAGCUGGCUGCUUUGAUUUUCAUGAUUCACUAUGAACUCCAAUUUACGGGCUCGAUUGAUCGCAUGCAAAUCCACCUGCGAGGAUUCUGGGCAUUGAUGAGUAGUCAUUCCAUGUUUGAAGGGCGACAAGCAAACCGUGGGCAGUUGGAUUCUACUCCUCAAUUGGUUUUAUCUUGCCAGUUAAUUGGCUGGGCACUAUAUCUCGAUAUCGCAGCCACCACAGUCUUUGGAGCAUCUUCAUCCCUUCUCAAAUUGGUCCUCAGCUCCGAUAACCCAGCGCUAAACACCGCACGCCUUCUUAGAUUAUCCCGACUUGGAGACCGUUGGCUUUGGGGGCAAUCCCUGCCACACGAUGAUCUGCUCGCUGAGGAUGAAUUGUACAGAGCAGUCGAGCUGGGAUGGCAAGUGAUGUUGACGCGUUUCACCAUUUGGGACUUGAAGUCAACAGGCAAGCUUUCCGAUGCGGACAACAUUGUGCCUUCCUCGUCCAUACUAGACCAUCUUCUAAAUCUGCGGGAGAAAUAUCGAGACGUCCUGAAUAAAGCCGAUGAAGCCACCAAAAGUCAAGACCGAUGGACAUCCAACACCGAAAUACUCACACGGUUCGCAGCCUUCUACUGGGCUAGUAUACUCUUCCAUAACCGCACGCUCAACGAGCAUCACCACCCUUCCUCAACCCCGCAAUACGGUCUUUAUCAAGAAGCUAUGUCUAACCUGAUCAAGCUUCUGUACUACCGUCACAAACUAAACAGCGAUCUUCCGAAACAGAGUCGCGUGGUUUGGUGUUAUUUUAUGGCUGCUGUUGAAACGCGGGAUCCUGUUCAUCGGGAGUGGCUGGUGGAGAGGCUGGCAGAGGUUCAAGAUCCAAAACCAAAGUCGGACAAAGCGAUAAUGGUUAUCGGGGUUGAUUUCGGCACCACGUACUCUGGAUUUGCUACUGCAAUGGCCGGAACAAAAUACAACGAUGUCGUCGUUAAUAAGAGCUGGCCAAACUGCGCAGGACACCAAGAGAAAGUCCCAUCGAUGAUUUCAUACAACAUGAGAAACCCUUCACAACGGAAAGUCACGGCAUGGGGCUACGGAACAAAGUCCUCCGAACAUACCUAUACAUGGUUCAAAUUAGGACUUGGAAAUAAUCAGAUCCAAGAAGAAUUCGAUGAUGAGCUUUUAUAUGAAGGAUUAGGUUCAAUCAAAUGCCCUGAUAACAUGUCUUACAGGGAUCUUACAACGGACUACCUACGCGUUUUCUACGAGCAUAUGAUGGCAAAAAUAAAAACGCGAGUAGGAGAACCGACUUUCGAACUGCUUGCCUUUCAUUUUGUUCUUGCCGUUCCAGCGGGAUGGUUGGACGAAAAGGGGGGUCGUAAUAUCAAAUCCUGUGCCGAAGAGGCAGGAUUCACUCAACGAGAGGGUGAUACGAUAUCAUUGAUAGCGGAGCCUGAAGCAGCCGCAUUAGCUGCAUUUCAUUCGUAUGAUUCUACUCUUGAAAGUGGCCGCAUAUUCCAGUCUGACCAGCUUGAUACAAACGUUAUGAUUGUUGACAUGGGCGGAGGAACCGUUGACCUCAUCACCUACACAAUCAAACAGCUGAAACCGUUCAGCGUUGCAGAGGCAUGUGUGGGAUCCGGCGCUAAGUGUGGCUCAAGUACAAUUGAUCGACAUUUUCAGAAGAUGAUGGAGGAGCGCUUCGGAGGCACAUACACGACCAAACCAUCGAAGUUCAUAGGGCCAAAAAGUGUUUUUAUGAAUGAGUUUGAGAGCUUGAAACGACGCUUUGAUAUGGAUACGGACACUGAUGUCCUGCCACUAGUUAUGGAUCUGGAAACCAGUGAAUACUAUGAUGCAGACGAUGCUGAAGUCAUCUUAACAAGCACGGACUUGGCGGAAUUAUUCAAACCUGUUCUCGAAAAUGUGAUAGGACUCAUCAAAGAACAAGCCGUCAGAACUAAGGCUGAAAAUGAAUUUCCAAUAUCCGCAAUUCUUCUCUGCGGAGGACUGGCUGAGUCCAAGUAUAUUCAGUCUCAACUCAAAACUUUUUGUCAGGAAUUCAUCCCCUGCGCCCAGGUCAUCGUACCCCCUACUCCAUGGUCCGCAAUUUGUUGCGGCGCGGCUAUGCGCGAAUCUGGCAAAAGCUUCAUUUCAAGUCGACGAGCCAGACGAAGUUAUGGUACAGUGCUACUAGAACCCUUUAUUGAAGACGAGCAUGGAGAAGAGGAUGCUACGGAACACCCGGAACUUGGAACUAUGGUCCAGAAGAUGUUCUGGCACGUUAAAAGAAACGAGAAGUUGCUCUCACGUGAACAGUAUCGAUGGCUCAAGAAUGCCACUCUACAUGUUGGCGGCAAAUUCGGAUAUCAGGGGGUCAUUGAAAUCUACCAGAGCGACAACGUCGACGCCCCAGUCUGGAAGUCUGCCAAGGGAGUCAGACGACUUGGUCAUCUACCAAUCGACCUCUCAGACCUUGGUAGGGUUUCUAAGAGAAAAAAACAGGCAUCGAUCAGCUAUAUUCCCGGAAGCUCGAACGAAACCGAAUCAGUGAAGGUUGAGAUCGGUCAGGUGAUUAGAGACUUCAUGACCGUUGAAUUUGUCGCUCGAGUUGGUAGCAAAAAAGUCGGGCUCGCUUCCUUCGAGUAUGAGCCUAUAGCGAAUGGUGAAGAUAGCGAGGAUGAUAAUCCUGAUUAUUGGCUACACCAGCGGUUCAAUGCGGAAUGA